AUGCCCCAAAGAGAAGAAGGGGUAGUUGAUAGGAUUGUGGUUGUUCAAGAUGCAUCGACACGUGUACGCUUGGAGGCAGUAAGAUGGGCUUUAAUGAACCUCCAACUUGGACCUGGAGACAUGAUUAGGCUAUUUAGGGUGGUGCAACCCUUCAUGGUAGAUCCUCCAAUUAACUCAGGAUGUGGGAUGUGCUUCUUAAACCCUUCAACUUCAAUCAGUAACCAAAAAGGGGGAAAUGGAAUUAAUCCAAGUGGGACGAUUUUAAAGAGACAAGAAAGCAUAGAACGAGAAAUCAUAGAGAAGCAAGAAGAGUCUCGAACGAAUCUAGAGAUCGAGCAUAUUCUUCGGCUUGCCGAAUCUAAACAGAUUGAUUUCGAUACAUCAGCAGAGGCAGGAAAUUCCUUGAAACAGUUCACGGUUCAGGCUGCUAGGGAUUUUGGAGCAACGUACGUGAUUCUAGACAGUCACAUGAAGAAAGAUCAGAAGUACAUUGUCGAGCAACUUACGUGCGCGAUCUUGAUGAUGAGGGGUAAUGGCCAAGUAGAGUUUUUAAGAGAUCCUAAGCCUCGGGUUGUUUAUAGUCCACGCAAUAUUGGAACUUCUACAGAUGCAGAGUGUAUCAAGGAAAUGUCCUAUGACGACAAUGCUUGUACCAUAUGCGGGCACAAAAGGAUCACGAAUGGGCUCUUUUCACGAUUCAGUUAUGCAGAGCUUGCUUUCUCGACAUACGGAUUUUCUCAGAAAUAUCUAUUAUCCAAACGCCGAAAGAGAGUUUAUAAAGGAACUUUACGUUGCGGAUUGAAGAUCGUCAUAAGAAAACAUUUUUUCGCAACCAUUAAAGAGGAAGAUUUCCACACGCUUGCGUUUGCGCUCAGCAAGGCGAGGCAUGAACAUGUAGCAACACUGCUCGGAUUUUGUUUGGAAGGAUUUCACAGGUUUCUCGUGUACGAAUCUAUUGCGAACUUUGGUCUUACGAAAAACCCAUACGAAGACUUGAAUCACUUGUCGGAAGCAAGGGUCAUGAAGACUUUUGAGUAUUUGGCACCAGAAUACGAUGAAACUGGGGCCGAUUCAAGUAAAACCGAUGUGUAUUCAUUUGGGGUUGUGCUUCUUGAGCUACUAACAGGUCGAAAGACUUUAGAAGAAACAAAUGGCAAAAGUUUUUUGAGAUGGGCAAGGCCACUAUUGGAAGAAAAGAUGUACGAGGAUUUAGUAGAUCCGUCUAUGAAGGACGACAUUCAUCUUUAUCAACUUGUUUUGAUUGUUCGGGUUGUGGAGGACUGUCUUUCUUAUGAUCCAAGACUCAGGUGCUCCAUAUCUGAGGUGGUAACAACUUUGACACAGAUAGUUGAAAUCAAGGACCCUUCACCUAUUCAAUAG